AUGGCUACAAACAUCACCUGGCAUUCAAACUUAACUCACAAAGAACGUGCGUCACUUAGAAAACAACAAGGUGUAACUGUUUGGCUUACAGGUUUAUCAGCUAGUGGGAAAUCAACCAUUGCAUGUGCUUUAGAACAAUCAAUAUUAAAUAGAGGAUUAAAUUCAUAUAGAUUAGAUGGAGAUAAUGUAAGAUUUGGUCUUAAUAAAGAUCUUGGAUUUAGUGAAUCAGAUAGAAAUGAAAAUAUAAGAAGAAUUAGUGAAGUUGCAAAAUUAUUUAAUGAUAGUUGUUGUGUUACAGUUACUUCAUUUAUAAGUCCUUAUAAAUCAGAUAGAAAUUUAGCAAGAGAAUUACAUGAAAAAGAUAAUUUACCAUUUGUUGAAGUUUAUAUUGAUGUACCAAUUGAAAUUGCAGAAAAAAGAGAUCCAAAAGGUUUAUAUAAAAAGGCAAGAGAAGGUAUUAUUAAAGAAUUUACAGGAAUAAGUGCACCAUAUGAAGCACCAGAAAAUCCAGAAAUUCAUGUAAAAAAUGAUUCAAUAUCAAUUGAACAAGCUGCUGAACAAAUUAUAGAUUAUUUAUUAGAAAAAAAAUAUAUUAACUAA